CAGUGUUGCUUGGUGUUUGGGGCAUGCACACAGUACUCACGCAGAGCCUCCUGCUCACCAACAGAUGAAGACAGAUGCACCAAAGAGGCUGACGGGAACUGCCCUGCAGAGGUCCAUCUGCGAUCAGACCCUGACGAUGCCAGAGCUAUGACCGGGCCUGCAGGCGUGGUGCCGAGGGGAGAUCAGCCAUGGCGCAGCCACAGGAGGAGGCCCCUGAGGUCCGGGAAGAGGAGGAGAAAGAGGAAGUGGCAGAGGCAGAAGGAGCCCCAGAGCUCAAUGGGGGACCAGAGCAUGCACUUCCUUCCAGCAGCUACACAGACCUCUCCCAGAGCUCCUCGCCACCAUCGCUGCUGGACCAGCUGCAGAUGGGCUGUGAUGGGGCCUCAUGCGGCAGCCUCAACAUGGAGUGCCGGGUGUGCGGGGACAAGGCUUCAGGUUUCCACUACGGCGUCCACGCAUGUGAGGGCUGCAAGGGCUUCUUUCGCCGGACGAUCCGCAUGAAGCUGGAGUACGAGAAAUGUGAGCGGAGCUGCAAGAUCCAGAAGAAGAACCGCAACAAGUGCCAGUACUGCCGCUUCCAGAAAUGCCUGGCGCUGGGCAUGUCGCACAAUGCCAUCCGCUUUGGCCGGAUGCCAGAGGCCGAGAAGAGGAAGCUGGUCGCAGGGCUGACAGCAAGCGAGGGGAGCCAGCACAACCCCCAGGUGGCCGACUUGAAGGCCUUCUCCAAGCACAUCUACAACGCCUACCUGAAGAACUUCAACAUGACCAAAAAGAAGGCCCGCAGCAUCCUCACCGGCAAAGCCAGCCACACGGCGCCCUUUGUGAUCCACGACAUCGAGACGCUGUGGCAGGCAGAGAAGGGCCUGGUGUGGAAGCAGCUGGUGAGCGGCCUGCCCCCUUACAAGGAGAUCAGCCUGCACGUCUUCUACCGCUGCCAGUGCACCACAGUUGAGACUGUGCGGGAGCUCACCGAGUUCGCCAAGAGCAUCCCCAGCUUCAGUACCCUCUUCCUCAAUGACCAAGUGACCCUGCUCAAAUAUGGUGUGCAUGAGGCCAUCUUCGCCAUGCUGGCCUCCAUCGUCAACAAGGACGGGCUGCUGGUGGCCAAUGGCAGCGGCUUCGUCACCCGUGAGUUCCUGCGCAGCCUCCGCAAGCCUUUCAGUGACAUCAUUGAGCCCAAGUUUGAGUUUGCUGUCAAGUUCAACGCCCUGGAACUUGACGACAGUGACCUGGCCCUGUUCAUUGCAGCCAUCAUUCUGUGCGGAGACCGGCCAGGCCUCAUGAAUGUGCCUCAGGUAGAGGCCAUCCAGGACACCAUCCUGCGUGCCCUCGAGUUCCAUCUGCAGGCCAACCACCCCGACGCCCAGUACCUCUUCCCCAAGCUGCUGCAGAAGAUGGCCGACCUGCGGCAGCUGGUCACCGAGCACGCCCAGAUGAUGCAGAGGAUCAAGAAGACCGAGACCGAGACCUUGCUGCACCCGCUGCUCCAAGAGAUCUACAAGGACAUGUACUGAGGGCUGGUGCCAGGCCUCCUGCAGGCUCCAGGGGGCCAGGGCGGGAGGGGCCCCCACGUGACUUCCCAUUGACCCGCCUGUGAGCACGUGGCCUGGGCUGCGGAAUCACCCUCGUGCUCAGACACACCGGCCUCUGGCUCCUGUGUUCCCUUCCACAGCUCUUCCUUCCUGUGUUUGUCAUCUCCCUCAUUCUCAGCUCCUCUUUCUUUCCUGAUUUCUCUGUAGGUUUCCCUCUUCCUCUCUUGCCCCUGCCCUUACGUCUGUCCUCCUUUCUCGUUCUGUGAGACGUCUGUAUUAUUUCACCAGCAGCAUAGAAC